AUGGAGUCAUCAGAUUCAGAGUUGUUGAGAAAUGAAAAUGGGGAUUUUAACGUACUUAAAAUUGGAAUGGAAGUUUCUAGUGAAGAUGAAGCAUAUAGAUUGUACUGUGAGUAUGCUUUGAAGAAGGGUUUUAGUGUUCGAAAAGGAAAUUAUCGACAUGGGAGUGGUGGAGUAAUCAGGCAACGUGAAUAUUUGUGUGCAUUUUCAGGACAAUAUCGAUAUGGUGAUCCUUCCGAUCUGAAAAAGGUUAGAAGAUUGGUGACACGAAUGGGUUGUAAGGCUUCAAUUAGGUUUUCCAUUAUAAAUGGAAUGUUGAAGGUAAGUCAUUUCAGUGAUGAUCACAACCAUGAUUUUGUUGAUCCAGAAGAGAGACAAUUUUUAAGAAUAAAUAGAAAUAUAGAUUCUGCCAGUGCUAGCAUUAUUAAUUCUAUGGUUGAUGCUGGUAUAAAAGGGACAAAAGCCUACUCAUAUAUUUCAAAGGAAGUUGGUGGGUCUGAACAUGUUGGAUUUACUCAAAGAGAUUGUCACAAUUUUAUCAAUGAAAAGAAGCAAAAUCUGAUUAAAAGAGGAGAUGCACAAAGUAUAAUGAAACAUUUCAGGUGUUGUCGAAUUGAAGACCAUAUGUUCUAUCAUGAUGAAGAAUUAGACGAGGAAGGUCGUUUGGCAAAUUUCUUUUGGAAAGACGGGAGAUCAAAAUUUGAUUAUGAUUGUUUCGGAGAUGUUGUGGUGUUUGACACCACAUAUCGAACAAACAAAUAUAACAUGAUCUUCGCUCCAUUCAUCGGGGUCAAUCAUCACUUAAAAAAUAUUUUAUUUGGUUGUGCAUUUUUGUUAGAUGAAACUACCGAUUCAUUUGUUUGGUUAUUUGAAACUUUUUUAGAGGCAAUGGAGAAUAAAGCACCAAAGACUAUAUUUACCGAUCAGUGUCAAGCAAUGGCAAAUGCCAUUAAGAAAGUUUUUCCAAAUACUUGUCAUCGUCUUUGCUCAUGGCACAUUUCGAAGAAUGCAACUCAAAACAUUGGGAGCUUGUAUGCUAAUUAUGAGUUCAAAUGUUUGUUUAACAAAUGUCUACAUUGUGAAAAAAAGGAUGAAUUUGAAGCAACUUGGGAUGAGAUGAUUAGAAGAUUUUGUGAUGGAGGCAACAAAUGGCUUAAAACACUUUAUGGAUUAAAAGAAAAGUGGUGUCCCGCUUUUAGCCUAGACACCUUCACUCUUCGUAUUAAAUCCACUCAAAGGAGUGAAAGUAUGAAUAAUGUUUUAAAGAAGAUAUCUUGCAAGACCAUGGCCUUAAUGGAAUUUGUGCUACAUUAUGAAGAACAAUGUGAGAAGAUGCGUUUGGCAGAGACUCAUGAAGAUUUUCGUUGUAAACAUAGAAUGGUGCAACCAAAAAUAAGAGAGAGUGAAAUAUUGGAACAAGCAGCUAGUGUUUAUACAACUAGUAUUUAUUACUUGUUUGAAGAUGAGUUUCUUUCUAGUUUGAAGGUGCAUCUAGAACAACUUGGUAGUCUUAAUAAACUUCACAAUUAUCGUGCGUUUCAGGAGCAUCACAAAGAGUGCCACAUUAUAGAGUACGACUCCUCAAAUUAUAACGUCACGUGCUCUUGUAAAAUGUUUGAGUCCGCGGGAUGGUUGUGUCGGCAUGCACUUAAGGUUCUCAAUUUGUGGAAUAUCACCGAGAUACCAUCUCAAUAUAUUAUUGAUAGAUGGAAGAAAUGUGCAAAAGAUAGAAAUGUUGUUUUUGACCAAGGUGAGUUAUCCACGCAAAAAAAAACAUCACUAACUGUAGAAAGGAACUUCUUACUUCAACAGGCUUAUCGUGCUAUCAAUUACUUGGUUUUGAGUGAUGAAGGAAAAAUUGUGGCAAAAAGUCAUGUGUAA